AUGGUUAAUGAUGCUUACGCAAUUGUUUAUAGAGAUUGUGACGCUUCUUGUAUUGGUCAAGGUGGAUUUGGAAGCGUUUUCCGGGGUGUUGAGACAACAACCGGUAAACCGGUGGCAAUUAAGAAGAUGCCGAAGGCAAAACUGAAGGAAAAUGAGCUAAAAGUGAUGAAGGCUGUUAGCAGCAGAUUCCUUGUUGCACUUAUUGACAUCUGUAUGGAUACUUCCGAGUAUAUGUAUAUUAUAAUGGAAUUAUGUGAUACUGAUCUCGAACAACAUUUGAGGUUCCGUACAACUGGUGGUCAUCUUUCUUCAAACGAUCUCAGGCUACUGAUUGAUAACGUAACAAGGGGUUAUCAUGCGCUGUAUGAAAGUAAUAUUGUUCAUAGAGAUAUUAAACCGCAAAACAUAUUGGUCAAAUAUGACCCACUUAGGCAAGGAUUUCAAAGUGCCAAGAUCACUGAUUUUGGCAUUUCAAGGAUUCUGUCGGAAGAGCAGAAUCAAUCUUUAUGUAAUAUUGCCGGUACAUUUUUUUAUAUGGCACCAGAAGUUGGUGCAAAUAUUUUGACGACAACAGAAUACAAUUAUGAGAUUGAUAUGUGGAGUCUUGGUUGUGUAUUUUACCAAUGCAUCACUGGCGAGAUUCCAUUCAAUGAGUGCUCGCUAUGCCGCAUCUUUUUGUUUACUGCCAGCGGAAACUAUGACGCGUAUGAUAAGCCGGUUUUACCAAAUGGCGUUGAGGUUGAGAUCCAACUGUUGAUAGAAUCGCUGCUGGAAAUUGAUAGCAGCAAACGCAUGACUCCGAAGAAACUGCAUAGCACCGUUUGCCAGUGGAGUAACUGCAGCUGGUGGAAUGGAGCUACAGAAGAUACAGACGAAGUUACAAGCAGCGGUUGUCCCAGUCGGAGCAGUAUUGAAUCUGUACCAUGUUCAUAG